AUGGUAUUAAGUGAACCAAGGGUGGCCGGAGACGAAAAGCUCUACGGAGAUGAUGAGAAGUAUGUUGAUAAUGAGUACAUAAAGGAACUUCUAGAAGAGGCUAUGAAAAAACUUGAGAAAGAACGCAAUGGAGAGAUGGCCAAAUGUGAGAACAAAUUGAAGGUGUGGGCAAUGUCAAAGUGA